AAACUCAAAGAUCCGUUUCCUUGUACCGAUUUUACACUCUCCUUCAAAAAAGAUCAAAUGCCAGACACAGCCCCAGAAGAGACUCCAUUUCCAGUCCUUACUCGUGCCGGGAACUUCCAACUCAGUCCCCUCACGCGAUCCAAGAAAUUGAAUUCCGACCCAAAUCCUCCAAGGUUCUAGAGACUUGCUUCUUUCAUCGAGGCUGCAUGGUCCAGCUAUAAGUUACAAGAAAUUAGGGUAGAUAUGGGGCACUUAAAUCCACAAUCAGGAACGAAUGCGUUCACUGUAGACCUCAAGGACAGUCACAUUAGAUCUUCGCAAGGUGCUUUAGCAUGCAUGAUUAAUUCUGAAAUUGGUGCAGUUCUGGCUGUGAUGCGGAGAAAUGUCAGAUGGGGUGCUCGCUAUGUGUCUGAUGAUGAUCAGUUAGAGCACUCUCUCAUCCAUUCCUUGAAAGAAUUACGGAAACAAAUUUUCUCAUGGCAUAAUCAGUGGCAUAAUAUAAACCCAGCUCUUUACCUCCAACCAUUUUUAGAUGUCAUUCAGUCUGAUGAAACUGGUGCGCCAAUCACGGGUGUUGCUUUGUCAUCCAUCUACAAAAUGUUAACCGUUGACGUACUUGAUUUUAAUACUGUGAAUGUGGGAGAGGCAAUGCAUCUGAUAGUUGAUGCUGUGACUAGCUGUCGGUUUGAGGUAACUGAUCCAGGCUCUGAAGAAGUGGUGUUGAUGAAGAUACUCCAGGUUCUUCUAGCUUGCAUGAAAAGCAAGGCAUCAGUUAAGUUGAGCAAUCAACAUGUCUGCAAUAUAAUAAACACAUGCUUUCGUGUAGUUCAUCAAGCAAGCUCCAAAGGCGAGUUGUUGCAGCGGAUAGCACGACAUACGAUGCAUGAAUUGGUUAGAUGUAUUUUUUCUCACCUACCUGAUAUCAGCAACGAGGGACUGGCUAAUGGAAGCAGCUCAUAUUGUGUUGAAGUGGUGGAUGCGCCCAAAAAAGAUCGCACUGGUGUUGGUAAACAACUGAAAAAUGGCAAUACCAGUGUUAAAUACGAUAGUCAACAAUCCAGAGAAAAUGCUUCAGGCACUUUAGUUGAUAUGCUAUCAAGUGAGAAAGAUGACGCAUGUAAGAUUGAGACUGCUAAUGGGUUUCAGGCUGAUCAGAAUGAUGAAAAACUUAUGAUGGAGCCCUUUGGGGUGCCAUGCAUGGUGGAGAUAUUGCAUUUUCUUUGUUCUCUGCUGAAUGUGAUUGAGCACAUUGAUAUUGGUCCUAGAUCAAAUCCUAUAGCAUAUGAUGAAGAUGUUCCACUGUUUGCGCUGGGCUUGAUUAAUUCAGCUAUUGAACUGGGGGGUCCUUCAUUUAGUAGACACCCUAAGUUAUUGUCCUUAAUUCAAGAUGAGUUAUUUCGUAACAUAAUGAAGUUUGGUAUGUCAAUGAGCCCAUUAAUUCUUUCGAUGGUAUGUAGCAUUGUGCUCAAUCUAUAUCAGCAUUUGCGCACUGAGCUCAAGGUACAGCUUGAAGCUUUCUUUUCAUAUGUGCUUUUGAGGAUCGCAGAAAGUAAGCAUGGAUCUUUCUAUCAGAGGCAGGAGGUUGCUAUGGAGGCAUUGGUUGACCUCUGCAGGCAGCAGACUUUCAUAGCUGAGAUGUUUGCGAAUUUUGAUUGUGACAUAGCUGGCUGUAAUGUUUUUGAGGACCUUGCUAGCCUGCUAUCGAAAAAUGCUUUUCCGGUGAAUGAACCUCUUUCUACAAUGCAUAUUCUUGCUUUGGAUGGUCUCAUAUCCAUGAUUAAGGGUAUUGCAGAGAGGAUAGGCCAAGAAUCGCCGCCGACAGAAGAGCCUUCAACUGAGGAAUAUAAGGCAUUCUGGGCAAUGACGUGUGAGAACUAUGAUGACCCUUAUACAUGGGUUCCAUUUGUCCGCAAGAUGAAGUACACCAAAAGAAGACUGGCAGUUGGAGCUGAUCACUUUAACCGGGAUCCAAAGAAAGGUUUAGAAUUUCUCCAAGGAAUGAAUCUCUUACCUGACAAACUUGAUCCUCAGAGUGUGGCAUCUGUCUUCAGGUAUACAGCUGGUUUAGAUAAGAACCUCAUUGGAGAUUUUCUGGGUAAUCAUGACGACUUUUGUGUCAAGGUGCUUCAUGAAUUUGCUGGAACUUUUGAUUUCCGUGGGAUCAGUUUAGACACAGCCUUGCGUCUUUUCUUGGGAACUUUCAGAUUGCCUGGAGAAUCGCAGAAGAUACAGAGAGUACUUGAGGCAUUUGCUGAAAGAUAUUAUGAACAAUCCCCACAUAUAUUGAGUAACAAAGAUGCUGCCCUCUUGUUGUCUUAUUCACUUAUAAUGCUGAACACAGAUCAACAUAAUGUACAGGUCAAGAAAAAGAUGACUGAAGAAGACUUUAUCCGCAACAAUCGGCAUAUUAACGGAGGAAAUGAUCUACCUCGAGAAUACCUGUCAGAGCUUUACCAGUCAAUUUGUGAGAAUGAAAUUCAGAUGAUCCCAGAACAAGGUACUGGUCUUCCAGCAAUGACACCAAGCCGCUGGAUUAAUGUAAUGCAUAAAUCCCAAAAUACCACUCCUUACAUAGUCUGUGAUUUUAAAGCACUCCUUGACUAUGACAUGUUUGCCAUCUUGUCCGGUCCUACAAUAGCUGCUAUGUCUGUGGUUUUUGAUCAGGCAGAGCAUGAAGAUGUUUUACGAACUUGUACCGAUGGAUUUUUGGCAAUUGCCAAAAUUUCUGCACACUAUCGUUCUGGUGAUGUGUUGGAUGAUCUGGUCGUGUCUCUUUGUAAAUUCACUAAUUUCUUGACCCCAUUAUCUGUUGAUGAUGCAAUUCUUGCAUUUGGAGAUGAUACGAAAGCUAGAAUGGCAACCAGCACAGUAUUCACCAUAGCAAACAGUUAUGGUGAUUAUAUUCGAUCUGGCUGGAAAAACAUAUUGGAUUGUGUCUUAAGCUUUCACAAGCUUGGCCUUUUACCUGCUCACCUUGCAAGUGAUGCAACUGAUUAUGUGGAGUCAUCUGCUGAACUAGAGCCUGCAAAACUCACAAGUCCCUUGAAGAGAUCGCAAACUCCUUCUGUGGCCACUCCUCGGAAAUCAUCUGGUUUGAUGGGAAGAUUUAGCCAGUUUUUAUCUUUUGAUAUGGAGGAGCCACAGUUGCAGCCAACCGAGGAACAGCUUGUUGCUCAGCACCACACUCGAGAGACAAUUCAGAGUUGCCAUAUUGAUAGCAUAUUCAUGGAGAGUAAAUUUCUACAGUCAGAGUCUUUAUUGCAACUGGUAAGGGCCCUGAUCUUGGCUGCAGGUCGUCUCCGCAAGGGAGGUAGCGCAGUAGAAGAUGAAAGUACUGCAGUUUUCUGCCUGGAGUUGCUGAUUGCCAUUGCACUGAAUAACCGAGAUAGGAUUAUGCUUAUCUGGCCUGUUGUUUUUGAUCACAUAUCCAAUAUUGUUCGGUCAACUAUAAUGCCUUGCAACCUUGUGGAAAAGGCUGUGUUUGGACUGCUCAAAAUAUGCCAGCGACUACUGCCCUAUAAGGAAAAUCUGACUGAGGAGCUUCUCAAGUCACUCCAACUAAUCUUAAAACUUGAUGCUCGGGUUGCUGAUGCUUAUUGCGAACCCAUAACACAUGAAGUCUUGCGUCUUAUAAGAGCAAAUGCAACUCAUAUCAGAUCCCAUAUGGGUUGGUGCAUAAUCAUAUCCCUGCUGUCUAUCACAGCUAGACAUCCAGAAGCAUCUGAAGUGGGGUUUGAGGCUCUCGUAUUUAUUAUGUCAGAUGGGGCACAUCUGUUGCCAUCUAAUUAUGUUCUUUGUAUUGAUGCAGCAAGGCAGUUUGCUGAGUCUCGUUUAGGGGAGGUUGAUAGGUCUGUCGCUGCUGUAGAUAUGAUGGCAACUUCAAUUACUUGUCUUGUACAUUGGUCUUCUGAGACCAGAAACACCAUUGGAGAAGAGGCUGCUAUGAAAGUAAGUCAAGAUAUUGGGGAAAUGUGGCUAAGGCUGGUGCAAGCAUUGAGGAAAGUGUGUUUGGACCAGAGAGAGGAGGUGAGGAACCAUGCUAUUUUAAUGUUACAGAGGUCCUUGGCAGGUUUGGAUGGGACUCACCUUCCUGCUGCAUUGUGGUUCCAAUCUUUUGAUAUGGUGAUCUUUUCAUUGCUCGACGAUUUACUAGAAAUUGUGCAGGCCAACUCCCCUAAAGACUACCGUAAAAUGGAGGGCACACUUGUUCUGGCCAUGAAACUCAUGUCAAAAUCGUUCUUACAAGUCCUGCAGGAUCUAUCGCAGCAACCAUCCUUUUGUAAACUAUGGCUUGGGGUUCUUAAUCAUAUGGAGAAAUAUAUGAAAGUGAAGUUCCGAGGCAAGCGGAGUGAGAAGAUUCAUGAAUUAGUCCCUGAGCUUCUCAAAAACACACUGCUGGUCAUGAAGACAACUGGAAUUCUAAUGCCAAGCAAUGAUAUUGGAGAAGAUGGUUUUUGGCAAUUGACUUGGUUGCACGUCGAGAACAUAUGCCCGUCUAUCAAAUCAGAAGUAUUCCCUGAUCAUGAAUUGGAGCUUAUACAGUCGAAGCAUAUACAAGGCGGAGGAAAUCCUGUGCCUGAUGGGAGUAUGCUUGUUCCUUCCAGUGAGACCACAGCUUGAGGAUAGUUUACUGACCGGCAGAGAUUCAGGGAAGUUCACAAAUAGCCUCUGGAGUCCUCUGGAGAUGUUUUUGAACUUCCAUUGUGAGCUUCGUAAGGUUUAUGGUCGACGAUGCUCAGAAUUCGCCAAACUACAUAUUUACCAUUUCAAACAAGAAGCACAGAUCAGAAUUUAGUAGGAAUUUUUGAGUGGCAAUUCCGGGAGAGUUUUGUGAUGCCCAUCGACUGGGUUGAGUCCAUAAAAUUUUCUCCUGGAUUGUUAGUCAUUGUAUUGAUGAUGAAACUGCAAGAUUGAAUCAUCUGUAUACAUGCCAUUGCUAGAUAUUAUACAGAUUUUACAAUACUAUUUUAGGUGGAGCCUGAGAGAUUAUUUGCAUGCCCAGUUUGAGUCA